AUGUCGAAAACAUUUGAAGGAAAAGUCGCAAUUGUCACCGGAUCGUCGAAUGGAAUCGGCCGCGCUUGCGCUGUUCUUUUCGCCAAUAAAGGAGCAAAAGUCACAAUAACGGGCAGAAAUGCCGAUCGAUUGAAAGAAACAGCGGACUUGAUCACAACUGCUGGGGUUCCUGAGAGUCACAUCAACAUUGUUCAAGGCGACGUUACGAAUUCUGCAACACUUGACGAAAUUGUCAAAACCACCGUCGACAAAUUUGGAAAAAUCGAUAUUCUUGUCAACAAUGCAGGUUGUGCUCUUUCGGAUGAGAAUGGCAAAAUGAAUUUGGAAGCAUCUGUUGAUACUUGCCGCAGGACUAUGGACCUCAAUCUCCACAGUGUAAUCGAAUUGACGCAAAAGUGUCGUCCACAUUUGAUUGCCUCAAAAGGAGAAGUUGUGAAUAUUUCAAGCAUUGCGGCUGGACCGCACGCUUUCAAAGACCAGGCCUACUAUGCCAUGUCGAAAUCAGCUCUUGACCAAUUCACAAGAUGCGCUGCCGUCGAAUUGAUUGCUCACGGAGUUCGAGUCAAUUCGGUCAAUCCUGGGGCCGUUUUUACUGGUAUCGGAGAGGCCAUGGGAUUGCCAAAAGAAUUGGCAGCAAAAAUGUUCGAAUACUACAACGGAAAGACGGAUUAUAUUCCGACCGGUGCUGCUGGAAUGCCAAAUGAUAUUGCAACGAUUGUUGCCUUCCUAGCAGAUCGCAGUUCGUCUGGAUACAUGAUUGGUCAAACACUAACAGCCGAUGGCGGCUCUAGCCUUAUUCUUACGAUGAAUACUGGCAGAAAAUUGCGAUGCGCCCAAUUUCCGGCGGCCACUGUCCGUAUUCGGUUGUGGAAGGAAAAUGAAAAUAACCCAUUGAACGAUACAUAUGUUGAUAAAGACGGUUAUUUUAUUGUGAGUUCAAUCGUCGAUCAACCAAAAUUUCAUCCAAUUGUUGGUAUUUUCCAUGAUUGUGAUGACGGAUUCAAGGCUGGUCAAAGGAAGUUGAAAUUCCAAGUUCCGCAACAUUAUAUUACAACUGCCGAUGAUGAUCAGAAAAUAUUCGAUCUCGGAGAAUUCAAUCUGGAAACAAUUCUAAAGUAUAACGAGGAACGACUUCAAUAUGUGGAUAAGAGGAAAAAGCGAUCGCGAUUUAAUAUUACUAACUUCGAAGAACCCGAUGAUCGAAACGAUCCUUGAAUGCAAUUCCGAAUGCUUAUCCAUUUAUCCAUCUUUUGCUCAUUUGUUUGCACUUUCCGAUUGCAAGGUGUUGCCGUCAGAGGAAAACUGACUUGUGAGAAGAAAGCGUAUCGAAAUGCGAAGGUCAAAAUCUACGAUAUCGAUACAAAUCCCGGAGAUGCCGAUGAUCUUCUAGAUGAGAAAUACACGGAUAGGGAUGGAGAAUUCAUGUUAGAUGGAACAACACGAGAAUUGACAAGCAUUGAUCCAGUUCUGUAUAUUUAUCACGAUUGUCUUGACGGAAUCAAGCCAUGCCAGAAGAAAAUCACGAUCACUGUUCCAAAAUCAUUCAUUCAUCACGGAAAAGCCACAAAAUGGUUCGAUGUUGGAAAUAUUCAAUUGGAUGUCUUCAAAAGCGAUGAGAGAAGUUGUAAUCAUUAA